AUGACCGGCUUUGACAACAUGCUCAGCACACAGGAUGUUUUGAGGGAGAUCAUGAGCAGUGGGUAUGAUGUGAAGCUUGAAAAUUGGAAUACAGGCAGCCACGAGGCACGAGAAACAAAGGCUCCGGGCACUCCGGCGCGAGAAGACGCCGAACUUUUGACACAGGCGGUGAAGAGCGUUACGGCAGCUUACAUGCCAUCUCAGGAUGUUUCUGACCUGUACCAUCAACACUACCAUACUCCGAAUCAAGCGCCAAGAUUUCUCGAACAGAUCAGUAUCAGUGAAGGAGCAGUUGAUUCUGAAGCUCACAGUUUGCUGUCUCCUCAAGGAACUUCCGAAGAAAACUCCAAGGUUGAGCAGGGAGCUUUGGAUUCGAGCACAGCGUUCUUUCCAACAGCACCUCAGCCCUGCCUGCUGGAUGCUGAGAAGCAACUUGUCGCGGAUGUGGCAGCUUUAAGGCACGAGGACCCUCGAGCUCGCGUGGUCAGUGGACCUUCAGCGUUGAGCCUGCAACCGAGGAGAGACGAAGCGAUUUACUUGUUUGCCUGGGGUUGCUCGCACAAUUAUCAACUGGGAACGGGACAGUACCAAGCUCAGCCAUUUCCAAAGCUGGUUUCGACUCUAACAAGACUAGGCAACGGAAUCAUUGACGUGUCGUACGGUGCUGACCACGGCGCAGCGAUUGACAGUACAGGAAAAUUGUUUACAUGGGGAUUGUGUGAUCAUGGCAGAUUAGGCUUGAAAUCGGGAAAAGACGUUCCGUAUCCAACUCGAGUUGAUUUCUUGAAGGAUGAAGUCAUUGUGGAUGUAACCUGUGGGAUGUACUCAAGCGCGUGUAUCAGUCACGACAUGAAAGUAUUCACUUGGGGUUCGGGAUCCAAAGGACAGCUGGGUCAUGUAGAGAAGAGCGAUGAGUGGCUACCGAGAUCAGUCGCAGCUCUACAUCACAUUCCCAUAGUACAGGUCGCACUUGGAUACGAGCACAUGGCGGCGUUAUCCCUGGACGGUGACGUGUACACGUGGGGUGAAGGGGAACACGGGCAGUUAGGACACGGAGACUUGAAUUCAUGCUCUACACCGAAAAAGCUGCUCCUUGAGCUGGAAAAUACUACCGGGGAGGUUGCUGACGUGGGGAGCCCUGUGCUGCUAGCAUGCGGCGCGAGUGUGACGCUAAUCCUCACUGACUACGGGAGACUGAUCAGCUUCGGAAUGUCUGAGUUUGGGGCCCUCGGGUUGGGGGAGAAGAGGCUGGCUGCACGCCCACACUUGAUCACUUCGCGCAUCAUGGACAAGAGAAGGUUCGUUCACUUGUCCGCCGGCGACGAGCAUUGCGCGGCCGUGACGAGUAAAGGAAACGUGUACACGUGGGGUCAAGGUUGCUUCGGCGCUGUCGGGAAACCAGCUCGACGAGCCUACUCGAACCCCCCGGACUGCAGGAAACCUUAUAAGCUCGAGCUGCCUCUCGACAAACGAGCGUGCGCGACAAGUUGUGGAGGGAACUAUACUGUCAUUCUGAGCAAAGAUGGCUGUGUCUUGGUGCUUGGAGAUGACUCGACUGAGAUUCGACCGAUGCUGUACGACGAGAGUAACCCCGCCAGCGUGAUGAAAGCUUCGUCUGUGUUGUGCGGUCGUUAUCACUCGGGCGCGAUUUUGAACACGUUGCAGUAUGAGGAAGCUCGUCGAGCUGGAGCGCAUGCUCUCGGUUUGGCAGCGGAGGAUGUCAGACUUUCUGUCAUUGCCAUCGAGAUGGCUCAGAGACUUGGGGUCUGCCUUGCGGACUUCCAACGGUUCUUACGGGCUGAUUUCGAACUGUCAGGCUGA